AUGGUACAAGACCUCCCCCCAACCGGCGGCUACGGGCCCAUCCAAUACAAGCGCAACGUCCCCGCGCGCGGCUUCAAGCCAUCCUACUACCUGCUCGCCAUGGGCGCCAUCUGCGCCUACGGCUUCUACGAGGUGACCCGGGGGAACCGUAAACAAGUUGAGUACUCCCGCGAAAAGGCCUGGGCACGCAUCCACCUGAUCCCGCUGCUGGAGGCCGAGUCGGACCGCGACCACGUGCGCCGCAUGAUGGCGGCCGACGCCCGCGAGAGGGAGCUGAUGAAGGAUGUCAAGGGGUGGAAGUACGGGAGUGUGUAUAACUCUGACCGAUUCGUGAGGCCGACGUACACACCGAUGGAGACCACGGGCGUGCACCAGCCUAGGUAA